CAGCGGGUGCUGCGGGAGGGGGGUGCGGCGAGGGCGCGCGGCACCAGGGGGGCUCCGCGGGGCGGGCGGGAGGUGACCGUGGCCGGCCACUCCGAGCGGGAGCGAUCGCCGCCGCCUUGACGUGGUCCCCUGCGAGCGGCUGCGAGAUCCGGGCGAGCCCCGGCACCUCCUGCAGCUGCCACGGGGAGGAGCCGAGCAUCCGGGCGCAGAGAGAGGUGCGCGGGCCGGGGCCGGAGGGAGGAAGGGCCUCGAGGGCCCAGGCAACCGUGUGCGCCCCAACGGUCAGAGGGGACCAGUGUCAGGCCCAGUGGAGUGGAGUGGAGAGCAUCCGACCCAACAGCCACACGAACAAGCAGCCACCGGCCUCUGUCCCCAAGGCAGGAGACUCACUUCCGAUGGCGUUUAAUGGUUGCUUCAGUUUGAAAUACCCUGGCAACCCCAAGCAAGGUGACUUGAUCGAAGUGUUUCGUCAUGGCUAUCAGCACUGGGCUCUGUACUUGGGUGAUGGUUAUGUUAUCAACAUUGCACCUCUAGAGGAUGGCGUUGCUGCGGCAUUUACAAGCGCCAAGUCUUUAUUCAGCAGAAAGGCCCUGGUGAAGAUGCAGCUCUUGAAGGACGUUGUGGGAAAAGACACCUACAGAAUAAACAACAAAUAUGAUGAGAUCUACCCCCCUCUCCCUGUGGAAGAAGUCAUGCAGCGGUCGGAGUUUGUCAUUGGGCAGGAGGUGGAGUAUGAUUUACUGGUCAAUAACUGUGAGCAUUUUGUGACAUUGCUUCGCUAUGGAGAAAGCGUCUCAGAACAGGCCAACAAAGCAAUAAGUUCCAUUGGGUUUGUGACGGCAGCUGCUAGUGUCUUCUCAUUGCUGGGCUUGUUUCCAAAAAGACAAAGAACCAAAUAAUAUUAACAAUUUACUGAAGAGACUUUGGAACUGAAGGAAUUUGUGAGGAGCAGGGGAAUAAAUUUUUUUUUUUAAAUGA